AGCAGAUUGAAAGCAGAACAUUUUCCAAUCUUGCAAGAUUAUGCAAAAAAGUACUUGGACUGGUGGGCAUACAUCAACUGUUAUUUCACUAGACGUGAACAAAGAAGGUGUUGUAGCUUCAGGUGGCGAAGGAGAACUUAAUGUCUGGUCAAAAGAUGGGUCAUCUCAUAACAAACUUUUAUGUCCUUCGCCAUCGACCCAGCUGGAUGAUUCGAAAGACAUCAAUGGUGUCUGCUUUUGCGUGAAAAACCCAGAACGUUUAUACGCAUCAUGUAGGAACAAAGUGUUUGGUUAUGAUCUCAGAAAUCCGUCAUCAACUGUUUGUGAAUUUGAAUUUAACCAAGAUGAAAUUAACCAGGUAGCUAUUCACUACAAGGGAGGUUUUCUUGCCGCGUGCGAUGACAGCGGUGACAUUAAAGUGAUUGACGUGCUAUCAGGAAGGUUGUUCAAAACCCUGCGUGGUAGAAAUGAUAACAUAUGCUCAACAGUUCAGUUCAGGCCCAACAGACCGUGGGAAAUACUGUCUGGGUCUAUGGAUUACAGAAUUAUCAGUUGGGAUUUCUCAUCCGGGAGAGCACUUCAGGAAAUUAAUGUCCAAGAGCUAGAUGAGGACAGCAAUCAAGGGGCCUAUUUCCUGAACCCACCUUUUGUGCACUCUGUUCAUAUGGCAGGAGAUGGGAGGAUGUUUGCAGCUGGACUAGGUAUUCAAAAAAAUGUAUAUAUUGAUGCACAACAAAAUUUAGUUGUCAAACACCAUAAGGAAUGCAUUGAACAUUCCCAGGGAGAGGGGGGAGGGGGUGUAAUUAAUUGUCUUUGUGUAAAAGGGUUAAGAUUUCAACCCUUGUAGGGUCAUUUUUUAAUUUAUAUUUUUUUUUCUGUGGCAAACACUUACUCUCACAGUAACUCUAUCCACUAACAAAAAAAAAAACCAAAAAUGUUAAGGACAACUUGUAUUCGUACAUUGCUACUUGCAUUCCAUAAAAUAUGCUGCAAUCUGAUCGGCUACACUAUAUGUUAUCUAUUGCAUUAUAACUAGUGAGUUGUCUCACAGUGUAUAGUUGUUAACUAAUUGAAUUAAAACAUGAGCGCAUCUUCUUGUUGAGGAGAUUUAUACUUUUACAGUCAAAUUAUUUAGUACUCUAAAUAAUUUUAGUACUCUUGUCAACUUAUCCUAUGCCUUGUGAUGAUUAAUUGUUGACAAAAACUUGAGAAGUAAGGUUUCCUUUGCAGGUAGUGGCAACAUCCAACUCUUCAGGUUUGAAGGCAAGAAAAAAUUUAUUCCUGAUGAGUGUCUAAAAAAGCAUUCUUCCAGUGUAACACAGGUCCACUUUGCUAGAUUUCACCCAAACAACUUAUUGGUGUCAGGUGGAGAUGACAGUAGGAUUGUUACUUGGAAUUUAUGUGGUAGUGCAUGCAAUGGUGACUCAGGUGCAGAGCCCAAUCUUGAGGCAAAUGCAAGUGCUGUUGGUAUUGCCCAUGAAAUUAACCAUGGAUCCAAGAUAAACUGGAUAGCAUCUGGUUCACAGAGAGAGAGUAUAUUUGUGGCUGAUCUAACAAGUGACAUCUCAGUGUACCAUGUAUCAUGACAACUGUUGUCAAUAGAUAUGAGUAUAUAAUGUGGAUCAGUGCCAUAUUGGACAUAAAACAAGAAGACUAUAUAAGGGUGACACAAUUACCAGUAACCUUGUAGUUUUCAUCAUGGCCCCUUCAUUAACAACACUCAAAUGACAAUGGUAGGAGGCAAACCAGUUGGCUGUUUACAAGCACAGUAGACCAGUUGAACAAGGGAUUAGCCAGAAACAAAUCCAUCCAAACCCUGGACCUUCAUUUGCCCGUGCUGCCACUUCUGGGGAAAGUUCAAGCUGUUGGACAGCUGUCACUCAUCAUUCUCUUUGAUAAUACUCUCCCUCUUAACUCCUAAUUAGUUAUUCUCUCAACUGACUGCCAAAAUUUCUUUGUAAACUAGACAGGAGAAUUCCAUUUUUAAACAAGGUAACACCCUUAAGCUGACAAGAUUUUCUGUUCUCAUAAGAUGUUUGCCAGUUAAUGUAUUGCAACUGCAAUAAAGUGGCAAGGGAAUCACUUCUAGGAGUUAAAAUGUAAACCCUUAGUCUCUUUUGAGUAGUUACUUGGGCUUGUCACACACCGCUCUCUCCUCCCUGGGUGGAAAUUGCAUACUCUUGAGAACCAUAACCAUCUUUUUUUUAGUUCUGAGUCACGUGACAUUGGGCGUGUUCCAAUGACGUCAUCAACAGGCAUGCACUCACUUUCUGCUUCAACUGUUCAAAGUUAAUCCAUUGAUAGCGACAUAACAUCAAGUUACACCAACCUAAAUUUACUGCAUCGAAAUAUUUCACUGGAAAUUACGAGACAACUCUGAGGAGACUCCGCAUGCAGCAAUAUCGUUAAAUUGUUUUUAGUUUGAUCAAUAAUAGCGCUUUCCGAUUGAUUGUCGUAACACCAAAACCCGAGUAAUCACAACGGCCAAUUAGAAGAAAGGAAAACAUCUUAAGACCCAAUGAGAACUUUUAAAAACUGAAGCCAAACAAACCGCCUGAAGCGCGGGAAAACGAGUCGGGAUUGGUUUAGUUUUGCAUCUGAUUGGUUGAAAGAGUUGCGCUAUUUUUUCUGGACCAAUCACUAAUAGAAGUAAAGAAAAAACACCGAAAUUCCAGAUUACUUCCAACUCUCAACUGAAAAUUGCUCUAAAUUGAUCUAAUUAAGUUUGAAAAAUCCCUACUGAUACCUUACAAUGAUUAAUGGCUGAUACGUAACUUAUCUUGAUUGAUGGAGUUUGGUCAGUGGUAUUUUUGGAUAUUUUACACUUGUAGUCAGGCUUUUUACAUCUGUGUGAGCAUUAAUUAUUCAAAGGAUUUUGAGAAACUGGGGC